AUGCAGCUGGGGCUGGAGGAGGCCAGCUCCCCUGAAGAGGUGGCCCUCACAGAUCAUUACAUGCUCCUCAGGACCCUUGGCAAAGGCAGCUUUUCUGAGGUGAAGCUGGCCUGCCAUCUCCACACAGGGGUUUGGGUUGCUGUCAAGAUCUUGGAAAGGAGUGAGAAGAACGACUCUGUUAUCAUGACUGAGAUAGAUAUCAUUAAAUCACUGGACCACCCAAAUAUUAUCAAACUGUUCCAUAUCAUUGAAACCAGAGAACACACCUAUAUGGUGAUGGAACAUGCUGCUGGGGGAGAUCUGGUGAGCCAUAUUGAGGAGGUGGGCUGUCUGCAGGAAGAAGAGACCCAACGCAUCUUCACACAGAUGGUGUUUGCGGUUAACUACUGCCACGAGAAUAGUAUUGCACACAGGGACAUCAAACCAGACAACAUCCUGCUGGAUGGCAAAGGAAGCGUCAAACUGUGUGACUUUGGCUUGGCCAUCAAAGUCACCUCUGGGCAGAGGUUCAAGGGGUUCUGUGGCACCCUUGAAUAUUGUGCUCCAGAGAUUUUCACUGGCGUGGAAUAUGAUGCACAGGCAAAUGACAUCUGGAGCAUGGGAGUGGUUUUAUACACAAUGGUGACAGGGCGCUUCCCGUUUGAGGCAAAGACCUAUUCACAGAUGAAGGAGAAGAUGCUGCAUCCCGAGUACUCCAUCCCUUCCAUGCUUUCCCAAAGCAUUGUGAACCUCAUUGUGCAGUUGUUCACUGUGGACCCUGAGCAGAGGCCCAAGAUAUGUGAUAUUAUGCAGCACCAGUGGCUCAAGGGCAGUGAAGAUCUUUCCAAACUCGAAUCUUCCUUAGAGCCACGACCCAUCAACCCAGCUCCCGGCAUCAUGGUGGCUAUGUGGGCCAUGGGUUACAACACCAAGGACAUUAGAGACUCUUUACGUGAAAAAAAAUUCAACAAUAUCAUGGCAACUUACCUCAUUUUAAAGCAUCAGUCACCCCGGAGGGACAACAGUAACCAUCCAGUGAAGCCUGUGUGGCCUAAUGUUGCCUUGACACUUGCAAGCCCUCUCACCUCCCGUCCCCCCUUGAAGAGGACAGGGAGUGAGCCUGCGCUUCACAUUUUUACCUUGCCAGCAAAAUACCACUUGGGUGACAGUGCCAAGCUUGCCAGGAAGAAGGGUUGCAAAAGUUGCAGCGUGUCUGGCAUCCCGUGCUGCCAGCAGAGAACUCUUCCUCCCAACACAGAUCCCCAGUUUGCUCCUGUGGCUGCUCAGCUUGUAAGCAGCAGCCUUUGGGAGACCAGUAUGACCUGCAAGGGUGUGUCCUUAGGUAAUACAUCAUCAGAGGGUAUUUCUUCUGAAAAAUAUCAGUUCUACAAGGCACCCCAGAUUGUAGUGACCACUGAGAACAGCUUGUGCAUCCAGAAUAUACCAUCUGAAAAGAAGUCCAGAGAGGCACCCUGGGGUGUGACCACCAGUGGCACAUAUGGAAAUAAGAGGCGUGAGUCCCGUGAGGAAGCAUCUUCUGAAGAAAAAUUCUCAGGUGCCCAACCCCAGGGCACAAACACAGCUUCUCCUCACAGCCUACACCAAGGCUGGAGGAGGUUUAAGAGGAGGAUGGGGAAUUGUGUGCAAAGACUAUGCUGCUGCCUGCCAGUCCAGCAGACAAGUCAGGUUUCCCAGAAGAAAGUAACUCCAGUGGAGGGGGAAGACAAUGGAGUUACACAAAAUCAGGUAUGUGGGGUGGUGAAGGUGGCCUGA